UUCUAUAUUUGAGAUAUCUGACAAGUAUUUAAGUUUUGUCACAUUAAAGAUCUUGUUUUACUCCGGAAUAAAUAUGGGUGAGGUCCUUCUAUUUCCGUGUCUGGGAAGAGCAGUGGUGUUUUCAGCGUCUGUUUUGAACGGUUAAAAAAAUGCAGGACCCUAAUGCAGAUACAGAGUGGAAUGACAUCCUGAGAAAGAAGGGGGUCCUUCCUCCCAAGGAGAGAACUCAGGAUGAGGUUGAGGAGGAAGCUCUAGAGAAGCAGAUAGUUCUUGAGCAGUCAUCUGUUGUGAAAACCUAUGAGAGCAUGACUCUGGACGAGCUGGAUGAGAACGAGGAUGACUUCAGUGAAGAGGACGAGGCCGCCAUCGAGAUGUACAGACAGAAGAGGCUUGCAGAAUGGAAAGCCACCCAGAUAAAGAAUUGCUUCGGUGAAGUAGUGGAGAUAUCUGGGCAGGACUACAUCAAGGAGGUGAACAAAGCUGGAGAGGGAAUCUGGGUUGUGCUCCAUCUCUACAAACAGGGAGUACCUCUGUGUACCCUGAUAAACCAGCAUCUAUCAGAGCUGGCCAGGAAGUUCCCCCAGACCAAGUUCCUCAAGUCCAUCUCCACCACCUGCAUCCCAAACUACCCCGACCGCAACCUGCCCACAAUAUUUGUCUACCACGAGGGAGAGAUGAAGGCACAGUACAUCGGGCCUCUGGUAUUCGGAGGCAUGAACCUCAAAGUUGAAGAGCUGGAGUGGAGGUUAUCGGAAUCUGGCGCUGUCAAGACAGACCUGGAAGAAAACCCCAAGAAGCAGAUUGAAGACAAGCUAAUGUCGUCGAUUCGAUCCACUCUCCCCACACGGAAAGACAGUGACUCAGAAGAGAACUAGCCCCCUAACCUCCAAAUAACAUUCAUCUAAUGCUCCACGGUCUCUGAAUGGGGAUGGCUUUCUCCUGUGGGGAUGUAUUAAAAUGCACACCUCUUCCUAUGCUUACCGCAGAGAGGCUCCGUCGGUUCUAUGCCUUCCCGAUUUAAAGGAUCUCGUGUUAAGUGAUCAUUCUCCUAAAUCAGAUCACUCUUCAAUAGGGUUUCUACAGAACCUUUGGUUGAAUAUUGUCCUUUUUUACAUAUACGUUUUAUAAUAUGACAAUAUAAAUGUAUACAUCUAAUUGUAAAAUUAAAUGUAAGUAGACAUUCACCCAUGCCAUAAUCACAGUUGACAGUUUUUUAAAUAAAGUGUUCGCUGUGAUCUGUGUAACCAUCACAUGAA